AUGCCCAAGAGGAAGGUGAGGCCGGGGAGCGGGCGGGUCUGGCCCCCGCGCGCGCCUCCGGGCCGGGGAUUGGAGCGCGCGGCGGCGGGGAGCGGGACGGCACGCGCCGGGCUUUGUUCUCAGGCUCCGCGUUUCCCCCCGCAGGUGACGGCGGCCGACGGGGCCCGGGAGGAGCCCAAGAGGAGGUCGGCCCGGCUGUCCGCCAAACCCGCUCCUGUCAAAGUCGAGGCGAAGCCCAAGAAGGCUGCAGGGAAGGAUAAAUCUUCAGACAAAAAGGUGCAAGCAAAAGGGAAGAGGGGAGCCAAGGGCAAACAGGCGGCCGCAGCUGAGCAGGAAACAAAAGAAGACUUACCUGCGGAGAACGGAGAAACCAAGGGCCAGCAGAGUCCUGACUCCGAUGCAGCUGGAGAGAGAGAGGCCAAAUCUGAAUGACACCAUGUCCGCACACGCCCGUCGCCCGUCUCACUUCUUGUACAAUCCAGAGGAAUAUUUUUAUCAGCUAUUUUGUAAAUGCAAGUUUUUUAGUAGCUCUAGAAACAUUUUUAAAAAGGAGGGUGUCCCACCUCAUCCCAUUUUGUAAGUGUAAAUGCUUUUUUUUAAGAGGUUAAAAUCCUUUACUGGUUGCUUAUUUUUGGCUACAACCAGGAAUUAGUAGGAGUAUUGGGUAUGGGAGGCUUUGAAUGUCUUGGGUGUCAACUUAACAUUCCACAGGUGAGGACAGUUUUUAUAUCCCCUGUAGACAAAGCACACGAAAUUGGUUUGGAGUCACAGUCGUGCAUUAACGGGUUGCUUGUGGCGUUUGGUAGAAAUGGUUCCUUAAGAAAAUUUAAAAAACCACUCACUUCUUUGGCUUUCCCGGUCGGAAUUUCACAAGCUCGGUCAUUUUGUGACUGUGCUGUGCAAGAUGAAGAAUUUGAGCCUAUCAUGUAGAUGAUGCUAAAUUUUGACUUACUAGGAAUCAGGAUGUAACCGCUUCUCAUUUACUUGAAAAUAUUGGUACUUGAUAUUGAUAGCCAGUUCAGGAAAAGGUGUCUCCAAAUUGUAAGACGGAAAGUCACUAGGAUAACCAUGUAGAAGGAAUCACAACUCUUGGUUUUUGGAUUUUUGGUACGUUCAUAACAUUGAAAAAUCUGUACUGAUCCUCAAAACGACCUUAAUAAAACCUUGUGAAAGAAUUGCUAAA